AUGAGGGUGGAAGCAAAACUAUAUGGGACAACCAUUCCCAUUGAGUCCCCUCCGGCAGGUCACCUUACCAAGGACCUUGGUUCUGGACAAGGUAGUUGCUCCAACUUGAAGGAGAAGACCACAAAGCAAAAGGCUGAGGAGGUUGCUAACCCUGCAAAGAAGCGCUUAGAGUUAGUUGAUGACAUAGAUGAGAAAAUAGAAGAACAAAAUGGCAGGGGGUUGCUGGUGGAAGUAGAAGCUGGUAUAGAAGUAGCAGCUACUUUAGAAGUGGCAGCUGCUAUAGAGCAUGUUCAUGCCGCUCCUAUAGAGGUUCGUGCUGCUCCUAUUAAGUCGGUUGAAGUUACACAGGAGGAACUGAGGCCGUCAGAGUGCAAAUUGGCUUUAGGAUCAGUAGACAAUAUUGUUGCCAUUGCAAGCGUUGUUGAAGUCCAAGAUGAUAAGUGCGCCAAUCAGACAGUUCAUGGUCAUCCUUUGGGAGAAAGGAAUGUGCGAGUGUCGAUCAUUCGUCCACUUAUUCCUGAAGCUAAGCUUCCAUUCCCAGUCAAUGAUGAGAUAGUGUUUGUCAAAGAUGCUGUUGGGACUUAUAUCGCUUGGCCGAGGGACCUCAUACUUCAAUCCCCUCCCCAAACUAACAAGAAACAACCAAAUAAGGCCGCAUGUAAGGGCUCGAAGAAAAGGAAAAGGCAAACAGCUGGUGAUGAAGAGGAGUAUAUUGACUUGAAGAAGCUGCCAAAAGAUUACCCUUCACCUUUGAAGUGCUUGUGGUUGUGGGGGAGAGACGCACUAGCCGAUGGGAAGACAAUCUCUUUCAUGCUAACAGAUAAAGUAUUUGGGAUCAAUAGGAAGCAAUAUCUGUAUAAGGGAGACAUUCAUGCAUUGUGUACCAUGAGUGAAAUAUCAGGCGGCGUCAUCUGCAUGUAUAUGUGCUAUUUGCAUGAAGUAUUGAAGAAAGCAAAGAUGUCAGACAUGGUUGGCUUUGUGGACUCUCAUUAGAUUGGAGCACUUGGAUCUGGAAAUCCAACGGAAAGGUCGCGUCAUUUAUCAGUUAGGUUCACAAAUGCAAAGAAAGGCCAAAUUUUUAUGUUGCCAUAUAAUGCAGGUAAGCAUUGGAUGUUAACUGUUGUCAACCCGGAGGAAGAAAUUAUCUACUUCAUGGAUCCACUAAGGCGUCGACUAGUUGGCGGAGAAUGGCAGAUCAUUGUGGAGAAUGGGAUCAAAAUUUACAAUGCUCAGAGGAAUCGAUCUGGCCGGAAAUCAAUAACGUGGCACAAUAUGGGGGGUAUUCCGGUGCAACAAGGUGACAAGGAUUGUGGGAUAUUCAUCAUGCGGUACAUGAAGGAAAUAGUUCAGGAUAAGAAUCUAGAAUUUGCUUCAAAGUGGCAGCGACGAUCAGAUCUGGUAUACACCCAGAAGGAUCUUGAUGAUGUCAGGUCAGAGUGGGCUAGGUUCGUCAUGAAGUAUCAUGCAACAUAGAUAUCUGGUUGGUAAAGGCGCAGUAUUAAUGCAUGUUUUGGUAUUUUGGCUGCUAUGUUUUUGGCCUUAUAGCUAGGGAAGGUUCAAUAUGUUUCUGGACAAUUAGUAUAGGCUAGCUAGGGUUUCUGGCCUUGAUGUUUUUGGCCUUAGUUUAGGCAAAUGCAGGUGGCAUUGAUAGACAAGUACAAUAUCUUUUUGGCCUUUAUAUAUGUGUAAGCAGGCUGAUCGAGGAUAUGUAGUGCUCAGAUGAUGAAAUGGUUUUUCUGUUUAAUCAAUGGAUGUGAAUUGGAUGUUAA